AUGGUGGCGGGGCGCUCCCUGGCCCGCUGUCCCGGGCGCUGGCUGGUCCCCGGGCUGUGGCUGCUCGCUCUCAGCGGUCCCGGGGGGCUGCUGAGCGCCCAGGAGCAGCCCUCCUGCCACGGAGCCUUUGAUCUCUACUUCGUCUUGGACAAGUCUGGGAGUGUGGCAAAUAACUGGAUUCAAAUUUACAAUUUUGUCCAACAACUUACAGAGAGAUUUGUAAGCCCUCAAAUGAGAUUAUCUUUCAUUGUGUUUUCUUCUCAAGCCACCAUUAUUUUGCCAUUAACCGGAGACAGAGGCAAAAUCAGUGAAGGCUUGGACAAUUUGAAACGUGUUAGUCCCGUAGGAGAGACAUACAUCCAUGAAGGACUAAAGCUAGCAAAUGAGCAAAUUGAGAAAGCAAGAGGCUUAAAAACCUCCAGUAUCAUAAUUGCUCUGACAGAUGGUAAGUUGGACGGUCUGGUGCCAUCAUAUGCAGAGAAAGAGGCAAAGAUAUCCAGGUCACUUGGGGCUAGAGUUUACUGUGUUGGUGUCCUUGACUUUGAACAAGCUCAACUCGAAAGAAUCGCUGAUUCCAAGGAACAAGUUUUCCCUGUCAAAGGUGGAUUUCAAGCUCUUAAAGGAAUAAUUAAUUCUAUACUAGCUCAGUCAUGCACUGAAAUCCUGGAAUUGCGGCCCUCAAGUGUCUGUGUGGGGCAGGAAUUUCAAGUUGUUUUGAAUGGAAGAGGAUUCAACUUGGGGAGUCGGAAUGGCAGUGUUCUCUGUACUUACACUGUAAAUGAAACAUACACAAUGAAUGUAAAGCCAGUAAGUGUGGAACGGAAUUCUAUGCUUUGUCCCGCGCCUACCCUGCAUGAAGUUGGAGAAACUCUUCAUGUUUCAGUGAGUUUUAAUGAAGGAAAGUCUGUCAUCUCGAGUUCACUAAUAGUCACAGCCACAGAAUGUUCUAGUGGGAUUGCAGCCCUCAUCGCUAUCUUGGUGUUGCUGCUGCUCUUGGCUGUUGGACUGAUGUGGUGGUUUUGGCCCCUUUGCUGCAAAGUGGUUAUCAAGGAUCCUCCUCCACCACCACCUUCUGCACCAAAAGAGGAGGAAGAAGAACCUCUGCCUACCAAGAAAUGGCCAACCGUAGAUGCUUCCUAUUAUGGUGGUCGAGGUGUUGGAGGAAUUAAAAGAAUGGAGGUUCGUUGGGGUGAUAAAGGAUCUACAGAAGAAGGUGCAAGGCUAGAGAAAGCCAAAAAUGCUGUGGUAACCCUUCCUGAAGAACCAGAGGAACCCGUCAGACCCAGACCACCUCGAUCCAAACCCACACACCAGCCUCCUCAGACCAAGUGGUACACGCCAAUUAAGGGUCGGCUGGAUGCGCUCUGGGCUUUGUUGCGGAGGCAGUAUGACCGAGUUUCCUUGAUGCGACCUCAGGAAGGAGAUGAGGGCCGGUGCAUAAACUUCUCUCGAGUUCCAUCUCAGUAA